AUGGCGUCGCCCGGCAGUGAUUCACUCCGAUCUGACAUACCCUCGACGCUGCCUUCCGUGUCGGUGCACUCUCCGUCUCACCCAUCGAAAACGCCAACGGUGACCGCUGCCCCACCUCCUCCAUCCUCCUCGUCCGUCGGCGCGGCCCUUUUGCGCGAUUAUGCCCUUCAUAUAGAACCCUCACAGACACACGAGGAGAUCCACCCCCAGGACACCGCGCCACGGGCACCAGAUAGCAGUGUAUCAUCCUCCCAGAAGACCGACCCUUCCGAGGAGACUCCUGGCUGGUCCCUGCCUUCCACGGCCUUUCGCCGAUUUCGUCACAAAUCCAUGUCGGGAUCUCGUUCCCAAAAAGCAUUGUCCACCGACUGCAUUCCUCGACAAACUAUCAUGAAGGCUCUUGCGUCGCGACCAACCUUGAUCAACAGUAAUCAAACCCCAACGUUUACCAACCCUUGGUCAGGCCUGAUCGCAAACAACAACUCGAACGAAGCGUCGCCGUCCUCACCAGAAGACAAGGAGCGUCGGUGUAGCAAUGCCUCCUCUCAAAAAUUAUCCAGUGCCCUUUCAAGCCUACAACUCAGCAGCUACCUGGAGCGUUCUCCGUCAACGGCCCGAUUGAUGCUCCAGUCUCCUUGUUACUUCCACCAGCGAUUUGACGAUGCUGUGAAUAUCAAGAAGGUACUCGAAGAGAUCGCAGAUGACGAAUGGCUCUCGCAUUCACGACUAGUUCAGACUGCAACCGGGGUCCGCGAGGUCUCGAAACAGCUGCAAAGGCGACCGAUCAAACGGGCUGUGCGCAAUAUCAUGAUCGUCACCAAGGCACGGGAUAACAGCCUGGUACAUCUGACCCGAGAACUAACCGAAUGGCUGCUUUCAACACCGCGCUAUGGAAAUGACCUUGGCGUCAACGUGUAUGUUGAUGCGAAGUUACGGAACUCAAAGCGGUUCGAUGCCGCCGGUCUUCUCGAAAAAGAACCGCGGUUUGCCCAGAUGUUGCAAUUUUGGACCCCUGAUCUCUGCUGGAGUUCACCCGAGAGAUUUGAUCUUGUCUUGACCCUCGGUGGUGAUGGAACUGUGUUGUUCACCUCUUGGCUCUUCCAGCGCGUGGUACCGCCGGUGCUGUGCUUCUCCCUGGGCAGUCUGGGGUUCCUCACGAACUUUGAAUUCUCAAAUUACCAGUCGAUUUUGAACGGCGUCAUGGGAGAUGUUGGCAUGCGGGUUAAUCUGCGCAUGCGGUUUACAUGUACAGUGUUCCGGAAAGACAGAAGCAAAGGAGCCGAGGCAGGUGCAGUCGAAGAAGGCGAGCAGUUUGAAGUGUUGAAUGAGGUCGUUAUUGACCGAGGGCCCUCUCCCUAUGUUUCCAACCUGGAACUCUACGCUGAUGACGAACUUUUGACUGUCGUCCAAGCAGAUGGAUGCAUAUUUUCUACUCCAACUGGCUCGACCGCCUACUCCCUGUCUGCUGGUGGCUCCCUCAUGCACCCCUCGAUCCCCGGUAUUCUCCUAACUCCUAUCUGUCCUCAUACCCUCUCCUUCCGCCCGAUGGUUCUGUCAGACUCCCACCUCCUGCGCAUCGCCGUCCCAAACACCUCACGGUCGACUGCUUACUGCUCCUUCGACGGCAAAGGACGCGUCGAACUCCGGCAAGGCGACUAUGUCACUGUCGAAGCCAGCCAGUAUCCUUUCCCCACUGUUGUCUCCGACAGUGGCGAGUGGUUCACCAGCGUCCAGCGCGCACUGCGAUGGAACACCCGCGGUGCCAUCCAGAAGAGUUGGGAUGGCGGGCCCGGAGACGCCGAUCUCAACGACGGUGGUGAAGAUGAGCAAUGGGAUAUCGACACGGACGCUGGCCUCACCGGCACCGAUAGCGGACUCGGCCAAAGUGAGGACGGCGACGCUCUAUCGCCGAACCCGAUGCGACGACAAAUGAGUCUGCUGAACAUGUAA